AUGAAAUGUGGAAACUCGUUCAUAGAAUUACAUAUAUAUAUAUUAAUAGUUUCAGAAUUAUUAGAUUGGAGUAAUAAGGAUAUUCUAGUUGCGGCCUUGCGUAGCACCUACUACAAGUGGAGUUGGGAUACGCAGAGAAUAUCAGGACGCGGGGGCACAACUUACAACAUUCAAACAUGCAAAUUCGACCCUAAUGGAUAUAGGCUUGCGUUUGGUAUGAAGGAAUGCUCUAUACAGAUACAUGACACAGAAACAAGCAAGCACCUAGUACAUAAGAAAUGUACGUGUUAUAUUAAAAAUGGUUGUUCAAUUACCUCACUCGAUUGGAGUCCCACGGGAAAUGGCCUUAUUGUUGGGUGUUCUCGGGGCGAAGUAACGUCAUACACUUACGAUCUUAAAAUCGUGGCAUUCUUCUGCAAGAGACCCAAGGUCUAUGUAGUCAGCUGGCCGUUUUUGCAAUUACAUCGUGUCGUUGUGUUUGAAGAGUCUAUUCCAACGGCGAUGUCUUGGCAUCCUUGGUGUAGCGCGCUUCUAUGCCUCGGUGGUGUGACCAACGCGAACCACACGCAAGUAGCGGUGUGCUCAGUUCCUAAUGGGAAGAUGCAACAAACAACGCUAGUGGGGACAUACAGCUUAGACGCGAUGCUCUUCAGCAAUAAGUCUGGCGAAUUAGUGUUGAGUCUAUAUAAUACAGAAAGAGGCUUACAAUACCCGAAAAUCAGUUCUCGCCUCGUAGUAUUAAGCGACCUUUCAACUGUGGUGGACCAAUGGUCUGAUGACGGGCGGACUGGACUCGAUCGAGUUCGGACUAUGGUUAGCAAUCCCGAUGGAACCAAGCUAGCCACAGCGACGUUCGAUGAAGAUUUAAUAAUAUGGAAUUUUCUUCCGGAAACCAAAGAGAAGACAAAGUCAAAAAGAAAUUUGACAUCAAUAGCGGUAUACUUAGAUAAUUUAGCAGGUUUCUCUCGCUGA